GUAGGACGGCAAGAGAUCCUCGGUCUCGCAAAGCAUGUUGGGAGCACGUAGAGGUUAAAAUACAUGUUUUGUGUCAAUUAUUUUGUAAGUCAUUUUUAAAAAAAAUUGUUUUAUUACUUGCUAGUUAUGCUAUGGCAUGAUAAUUUUCAGUUGAGUAGUCAGUUGUGAGGCCCGACGUAAGCUUCUGCUUUUUGAUGUAAAAUGCAAUUUUUUUUCACUAUCUUGUGCUAUUAAAUCAUAACUUACAUAUACAAUAAUAAGAAUGAAUGACUAAAUUAAAAAUAUAGAUACAUAUAAUUAAAACGUGCUGACAUAACUGCUAACAUUGCGUUACUUCAUCGGACAAGUCACACAAGUUAGUCGAGUCUCCAUUUUGGAGGAUAUAUAGGAUUUUAAGUGCAUUUUAUUGUUGCAAAAAUAUGGUAUUAUUUGUAUUAUUGGGGGAUUUUUGUUAAUUUGCAUGGGGUGCAAGGAACAUAAUCCCCACCACACGAAUAGCGGGGAAACACUGUACUGAAUUUGGUUGUUGAAAAAUUCAUAUUCUGUGCAGCUCGUCCCGGACUACAAUGGGGGUGAAAGUCCAUGCUUAAUUUAUGGGUUGUAUGCGCAGGCAUGUGACGUCUUCUGAGAAGUGGGACAAAAGGAAGUAAGUGACGUCGUCGACGGACUGAAUGACUCGCAGCGGCUGUCUCGUCACGGCAGGAAAAACCUGUUAGGAAACAUUCUUCAAGCAGAUCUUUUGACUCGUCGAGCUUGGCUUUCUUUCCUUUUUUUUUUUUUUUUUUUGCUCUUUCCUCUCCUUGGCGGUCCGGCACGAUGAGCUACACCAGCCGAGAUCCGGACUUCUCCGCGGACUUCUCUGACCUCAACUCGCGUCUGCGCCCGCGCUUGAGCUCCAGCGAGCAGUUGUACUGUUCCCUCAGCAGAGUGCAGUCCAGACCCGCUCAGCAGCGAGCGACGCCGCGCCGCUCCGCCUCGCUGUCGGAACCGGAGGACGACGGCCCGGACGCUGCGGACGGCUGCGGUACCGACGCAGACCCGUGCAUCCUCGCCGGAAUGAGCCUGGGGGACGUGCGUGAGAGGGGCGACUCAAGUCCCGAUCCGCAGUCGACAUCGGAACCCGACGGAGACCCGCGGCACCAGGGGCGCUCCGAGUCUCCCACCGCGGACGGGGGCGAGUCCCCCUUCCAGAGGAGCUACAUGACCCUGCCCGACCUCAUCAACGGCGGCCGGCCGCUCGGCAGACGCAGGACCCUCGGACACGUCAAUGACACGUUGAAGGAGGUGCGUCGGGAGGUGGAGUUGUCGCGCAGGCGCAGCAUCAAGCUCAAGGCGCAGGUGGACAAACUGCAGCAGAGCCGACAAGGACCCGGGUGGAGUCAAGACCGAGAGAGGGUGACGGAGGAGAUAUUGUCCAUCCUGCGGCUGAUGCAGACGAUCCCCGAGCACCAGGGGGGGCGCGCCCCGGAGCUGCCGCCCCCCGGAGAAAACCGCCUGGACGCCGCCCUCGCCCGGCUGCAGGACAUCGCCCGCAAGAUGGCCGUCAGCGGCAUCACCAAAAAGGACGCCAGGUCGCCUCCGGGAGCCGGCGGUUCAGAGGACGGCGCCCUGCUGCAACAGGCGCUGCGGGAUCGGGACGACGCCAUCGAGAAGAAGAAGGCGAUGGAGACGGAGCUCCUGCGCAGCAAGUCGGAGAUGAUGCAGCUCAACAACCAGUUGCUGGAGGCGGCGCAGAAACGCUUGGAGCUGUCUCUGGAGCUCGAGGCCUGGAAGGAGGACAUGCAGCUGUUGCUGCAGCAGCAGCUGGUGUUGCAGCAGCAGGUGGAACAGAGCCAGAAGAAAACAUCCCGCAUGGGCAUCCUGAGGAGGAACAAGGCACCCGUGCAGCGGCCCGCCAACUUCCCGGUGGCGCCCGGGCCCGCCUCCCCCGACUCGCCCGUCCACAGCCCCACUUUCUUCGGCCGUCCUCAGCUCUCGCCGACCUGGAGGGAAAAGUGGAAGAGGGGCAACGGGGGGCGGCCCUCGCUGCAGGAGGCGGUCCAGCGGAGGGACGACGACGGCUUCCACGCGGUCUCGCUCGACUGAACUUCGGAGGUUCGGGGCCGCGCCGCUAAGUUGACCGACGAUUUUGAUUUGACUACAGAUUAAUGAUGAGCAACAUGAACAAUUUCUUAAAUGUUUACACGAGCGUGACAACUUACUUUAGCUUCC